AUGACAACAGUGAACCUCCAGGUUCUGGCAGGUCAGGUCACGGCGAGCAAGAUGACAACAUACACAGAUAAAGGCGAAAAGCAUGAGCAGGGCAGGUUCCUCUGCUUUGAUCACUUAACAUUCUGGGUUGGAAAUGCCAAACAAGCUGCAUCGUAUUACUGUAACAAGCUGGGAUUUGAGCCUUUGGCUUACCAGGGCUUGGAGACAGGCAGUCGAGAAAUGGUGUCCCAUGCAGUCAGACAAGGAAAGAUCAUUUAUGUGUUCUCAUCUGCCCUCAAUCCUGGAAACAAAGAGAUGGGAGAUCAUUUAGUCAAGCAUGGGGAUGGAGUGAAGGAUAUUGCAUUCACUGUGGAGGACUGUGACUUCCUUGUGCAGAAAGCCAGAGAGCGAGGUGCAAUUAUUGUAAAGGAGCCCCAAACCCUGGAAGAUAAGCACGGCAAAGUCAGACUGGCUGUGCUUCAAACGUAUGGUGAUACCACACACACGUUUGUGGAGAGGUCAGGGUACAAUGGGUUGUUCCUGCCAGGCUUCCACCCUCCUCUCUUCAAGGACCCUUUAUUAUCCAAACUACCAAGUGGAAAACUGAACUUCAUUGAUCACGUUGUGGGGAACCAGCCGGAUGAUGAGAUGGUUCCAGUGGUGGACUGGUAUCAAAGAAACCUCCUCUUUCACCGCUUCUGGUCUGUGGACGACAAGCAGCUUCAGACAGAGUUCAGUGCCCUGCGCUCCAUCGUUGUGGCAAACCACGAGGAGACCGUGAAGAUGCCCAUCAACGAGCCUGCCAUGGGGAAAAGAAAGUCUCAGAUCCAGGAGUAUGUGGAGUACUAUGGAGGUCCAGGAGUGCAGCAUAUAGCCAUGAACACAUCAGAUAUCAUCACUGCAAUUCGUAACCUAAAGGAGCGUGGGAUGGAGUUUAUGUCUGUGCCAGACACCUACUACAGUCUGCUGAGGGAGAACCUGAAACACUCAAAGGUCAAAGUCUCAGAGGACCUGGAUGUUCUGCAGGAGCUGAAGAUCUUGGUGGACUAUGACGACAACGGCUAUUUACUCCAGAUCUUCACCAAGCCAGUUCAGGAUCGCCCCACUGUGUUCUUGGAGGUCAUUCAGAGACAUAACCACCAGGGCUUUGGUGCAGGAAACUUCAAGUCUCUUUUUGAAGCCAUCGAAGCAGACCAGCACGCCAGAGGAAAUCUGACUGUCCUGACACCAAACGGAGUUUCGAAGAACAUGUGAUCCUAGUGUUGUAAUUGCUUUACAUUCCUGGAAAGUCUCAAUUUACCAUGAAAAGACACUGUCUGUUGAGAGUGCUGUUCACUUCUAAAGAGCAUUACACUCAUAACGUGCUACAUCAUCGCUCUCAUUUUCUGAACUACAAAAUAAGAAUUCACAAAGCAUGUUUAUUAAAGCUGUUAUUCUUUAAUUUUUUUGUGACUUGCAUGUUUUACUACAAUGUAACAUUUAUUUUAUAAGUAUGUGUUGCAAAGUAUUUUAUAAUAAUCUCUCUUGAUGUUAAUGAAAGAUCAGCUUAUCAGUUAUCAAGAAGAAUGCAUCCCAACUUAACAAUCAUAAUGCAACUUUCGUUUUGUUUUUUACACUUUUUACAAAAUGUUAACAAUUAACUAUUGAUACAAGCUUGACUCAAGCAAAACACCAUUUGAGCUCUCAUGAAUGAAAACAUUUAACUAUACAUUUUUGUUAUCAUUUGAACAAUAAGGGCAGAAAUUUUAUUGUAACAGACGGCGUUUGCGUGAUGCUUGGAGUCUGUUGGAUGUCGGUCUGUUUUUACCUCCACGUGGGAAAAGACAACAAUUGCAAAAUUUGAAAAGUGCCAUUUUUUCAUAAACUGUAGUGAAGAACCAAAUGUAGUGGGGGGUUUUUAUGUUCCCUUUAUAAUGUUUAACCAGAAAA